AGCAACCAAGGCUGACCGGACUGGUGUGCUCGUCUUUCCCUUUUGAGUUGGUGGUGACAUCAUCAGCUCUAACAGUCAGCUGCUGCAGUGGAGAGAGAGAGCUAGAGAGAAAAAAGGGAAGGGGGAGGGAGAGAGGACACACACACAAACACACACACACUCUUUCUCUUCCUCUCAAACACACACACACACACACACACACACACACUCUCACAGCCCCACUUGUCUUCCUCUGGUAAACAUGGCAGCAGCAGCAGCUACUGACACACGAGCAGCAAGCAGUGCGUAGUGCAGCCUAGCUCAGCUUAGCCUAGCCUCGUCUCAGCUGUCAACAUGGAGGAGGAGGACGCAGCGGCCGACCCCUAUUUGCCCUACGACGGGGGAGGGGACACCAUCCCCCUGCAGGAGAUCCCUAAAAGAGGGUCUAACUACGUCAUGUCUAACGGGGGCGGGGCGCCCAGCACCACCACCCACCUGCUGGACUUCCUAGAGGAGCCCAUCCCUGGUGUGGGGACCUACGACGACUUCCACACCAUCGACUGGGUCCGUGAGAAGUGCAAGGACCGCGAGAGGCACCGGAAGAUCAACAGUAAGAAAAAGGAGUCAGCAUGGGAGUUCACAAAGAGCCUGUACGACGCCUGGUCUGGGUGGCUGGUGGUGACGCUCACCGGCUUGGCCUCAGGUGCUUUGGCUGGCCUGAUUGACAUUGCUGCUGAUUGGUUGAAUGACCUGAAGGAGGGCGUGUGUCUGAGCGCCAUGUGGUUCAACCACGAGCAGUGCUGCUGGACGUCCAAUGAGACCACCUUCGCUGAGCGGGACAAGUGCCCUCAGUGGAAGAGCUGGGCUGAGCUAAUACUGGGGCAGGCCGAGGGCCCCGGCUCGUACAUCAUGAACUACUUCAUGUACAUCUACUGGGCUCUGUCCUUCGCCUUCCUGGCCGUCUGUCUGGUCAAGGUGUUCGCUCCCUACGCAUGCGGCUCCGGGAUCCCUGAGAUCAAAACCAUCCUGAGUGGCUUUAUCAUCCGGGGCUACCUGGGCAAGUGGACCCUGAUGAUCAAGACUAUCACUCUGGUUCUGGCUGUGGCGUCUGGCCUCAGCCUGGGGAAGGAGGGCCCCCUGGUCCACGUGGCCUGCUGCUGUGGGAACAUCUUCUCCUACCUCUUCCCCAAGUACAGCAAGAACGAGGCCAAGAAACGAGAGGUUCUCUCGGCUGCGUCGGCGGCUGGGGUGUCUGUUGCUUUUGGAGCCCCGAUUGGUGGAGUGCUCUUCAGCUUGGAGGAGGUGAGCUACUACUUCCCCCUCAAGACGUUGUGGCGCUCCUUCUUCGCUGCCCUGGUGGCGGCCUUUGUCCUGCGCUCCAUCAACCCGUUUGGUAACAGCCGCCUGGUGCUGUUCUACGUGGAGUACCACACGCCGUGGUACCUGUUCGAGCUCAUCCCUUUCAUCCUCUUGGGAGUUUUCGGAGGCCUAUGGGGCGCCUUCUUCAUCCGGGCCAACAUCGCUUGGUGCCGGCGGCGCAAGUCGACGCGCUUCGGCAAGUACCCGGUGUUGGAGGUGAUCUUUGUUGCCGCCAUCACAGCCGUGGUUGCUUUCCCGAACCCGUACACUCGCCAGAACACCAGCGAGCUGAUAAAGGAGCUGUUCACCGACUGCGGCCCGCUGGAGUCCUCGCAGCUCUGCCAGUACCGCAGCCAGAUGAACGGCAGCAAGGCCUUCACGGACAACCCCAACCGGCCGGCAGGGCCCGGCGUCUACGCCGCCAUGUGGCAGCUCUGCCUGGCGCUCAUCUUUAAAAUCAUCAUGACCAUAUUCACCUUUGGACUCAAGGUGCCGUCCGGUUUGUUCAUCCCCAGCAUGGCCAUCGGGGCGAUCGCAGGUCGAAUCGUUGGCAUCGCCGUGGAGCAGCUGGCCUAUUAUCACCAUGACUGGUUCUUGUUCAGAGAGUGGUGCGAGGUGGGAGCAGACUGCAUCACUCCGGGGCUUUACGCCAUGGUGGGGGCCGCCGCAUGUCUGGGCGGAGUGACCCGUAUGACCGUCUCCCUGGUCGUCAUCGUCUUCGAGCUGACCGGUGGGUUGGAGUACAUCGUCCCCCUCAUGGCCGCCGUCAUGACCAGCAAGUGGGUGGGCGACGCGUUUGGCCGCGAGGGGAUCUACGAGGCCCACAUCCGUCUGAACGGCUACCCCUUCUUGGACGCCAAGGAGGAAUUCACACACGUCACGCUGGCCCGGGAGGUGAUGAGGCCUCGACGCAGCGACCCGCCGUUAGCCGUGCUGACGCAGGACGACCUGACGGUGGAGGAGCUGCAGAGCACCAUCAAUGAAACCAGUUAUAAUGGUUUCCCUGUGAUAGUGUCCAAGGAGUCCCAGAGGCUGGUGGGCUUCGCUCUGCGCAGGGACAUCAAUAUCGCUAUCGAAAAUGCUCGUCGCAAGCAGGAGGGCAUCAUGUUGAACUCCAGGGUUUACUUCACCCAGCACGCCCCCACCCUGCCGGCCGACAGCCCCCGGCCCCUCAAACUGCGCUCCAUCCUGGACAUGAGUCCCUUCACCGUCACCGACCACACCCCUAUGGAGAUCGUGGUGGACAUCUUCAGAAAGAUGGGGCUGCGCCAGUGUCUGGUCACUCACAACGGGAAUGUUUUGGGCAUCAUCACAAAGAAGAAUAUAUUAGAGCAUCUGGAGGAGCUCAAGCAGCACAAGGAGCCCCUGGCGGCUUCUUGGUAUUAUCACAAAAAAAGAUAUCCUCCGUCACAUGGCUCAAAUGGCAAACAAAGAUCCCGAGUCCAUCAUGUUCAACUGAUCCGCUCCUUCCAGGACGGCCGUGGGGGAGCGGGAGACGACAGCGAGGAGGAGGUGCACCUCCUGGACGGCUCCAAUCUCUGACAUUUGGACCCCGUUUUUUUGUUUUUCUUUUUAGUUUUCAGCUUUGUAGACCCUGAAGCUCGCGGACUGACUGUGGCCCCCAGAGACUUACCGGCUGUGAGAGAUAAUAGACACGAUAUAAGACUUUGUUAUUAUGAUCCUGGCUGCUGAGGACACACAGAGGUCACGGGGGUUGACGGCAAACACAUGGGGAAUGCACUUUUUACACACACACACACACACACACACACACACACACACACACACACACGUACAAAGAUCACAAAAACACACACUUUUGCACUUGCAGACACCUCAAACACGCAUGCUAUCUCUCUUCACAUACACAUAACCUGUAAAGAGACACCCGUUUGCACUCUUCAUGUGCCUCGCCCUUGUCUCUCUCCGCUGAGGUCGUGGUAGACGUUGCCUGGCAGGGGUCAAAGGUCAGAAUGAACCGCCGAUUGAGGGACGCGAUGAGGGACCUUGAAACCUCCAGGCUUCUGUUUCAAGUAAAAACUCACUUUCCUCAUCCCCCUGCUCACUCACCAGACCUGUCCGUCCUCCAGAGAAGUACAUUGUUUACCUGUGAUUUAAAUGUGUGUUUGUGAGAGAACGUGUGUGUGCAUGGGUGUGUGUGUGUGUGUGUGUGUGUGUGUGUGUGUGUGUGUGUCACCUAGCACCACUACAUUCCAGCCAGGUUACCACAGGAACUGAGAGGACGUGCACCUGCUUCUCGCGUCACACAACAAACUUUGCAGAAAGCCAUUAACGGCAUGGCUUCUUCCCCCGGACGCACGUUGGUCUAAAUGGGAUGGCUUUAACAAAGGUGUGUGUGUGUGCGUGUAUCUGUGUGAGUGAGUGUGUGUGAGUGUGUGUGUUGGGGUCAGAUAAUGAUGGGUACUGUAUUUCAAGAACAAAAAUGUUCCCUGUAAGAAGGAAAAAAACUGGAAAAAGUAAGACCUUCAUGAGUGUGUGAUUUAAUUUCUGAGCCAGCUUCAGCUGUGUGUGAGUGUGUGUGUGUGUGAGUGAGAGAGUGUGUGUGAGUGUGUGUGUCAUUCUCGUUGAUUCAUUCAGUGUGAAGGCAGGUCAAAUGUGUGUACGUAAAGGAAACAAAACAAAAGAAGAAGUGUCCACGUUGAGUUAUUCUGUGUUCUCUGUUACAGGAAACAAAAUAUAUCAAAUUUCGUUUUUCUUCUCAAACUACGACUCCUGUUACUUUAAGACUUUUGAUCCUGCUGUAAUCAAUUAAGUUUUUAUGGCUUGAAGCAAAACAAAACUGUAAAUCUGCACUGUUUUAAGUGAGUGGUGGUGAUUUUUCUUUUCCUGAAUUUGUCCACGUCGUUCGGGUAAUAAGAUUUAGAAUUUUACAUUAAUAAACUUUGCUUUAAAAUGUAAAAUACAGGAAAUCAAAACCAAUAUAAAAUGUCACUAAAUGUUCAAACACACUGAGAUUUUAAAAAGUUUUAAUACUAACAAUUAAGAUUUUUCUUGGUGAAAUAAUGAGGCCCAAAUUUGAAUAAAUACCCCAAAUUAACGUCUCUAAGUUUCUUGUUUUGUCCGACCACAUGUUCAAAUCAUAAUGAUGUUAGACAUUGUAAAGCUAUAAUUCCUCACAUUUUUGGAAGCUGUGAUCAGCAAACUUUACAAAGGACACAAAUAAUGAAUAAUUAAACAGUUUCAGAGUUGAAGAACUUCUUUCUUCCAGACUUGAUACUUGAUUGUGCAGCAAAACACACCAGCUGCAGAUUAAACAUGAUGACAUAGAACAGUGGAAUUUAUAAUCUAAUUUCCUUAUAAUUCUUCUGUCAUAUCCUGUCAAUCAUCUCACGACCACUGACAUCGACGUAAAACAAACUCGUACAGCUACAUCUGCACGCUGCUUUUAGUUAAAGCAGAUUUUUUGCCUUUUCACAUCUGUAUUUCAUCCUAAAACUAAAAAAGAAACACCUGUUCUCCGACCGACAUUUCCCACUUUGUCCUCAGAACACUUAACAUGACGCAAUCCUUUUUUAGUGCAAACGAUGAAGGGAAAUAAAGUGAUGUCGAGAAGAUGAAGCAGGACAAGCGGUAGCACUUUACCUGUAGAGUGGCGUGUGUGUGUGUGUGUCUGUUUGUGCGUGUGUGAGAGAGAGAGAGAGAGUGUGUGUGUGAGGAAGGUCGGGUUCAUCCUGUGUACUUGUUUCCAUCGCAGUGUGUCUACAGGCAGCAGAACAUUUGUUAACCAGUGGUGUUGCCUAACGUUGUAUUUCAUACUGAUCUCGAUGUUUUCUCCUUUUUUUUUUUUUUUUUUUUUUUUUAUUUAUGGGUAGUGUCGAUAGAGUUGUGGAUUAUUAUGAAGAAUUUUAUGUAUGAUUACAUUGAUUGUUUGAUUGUACAUUUAAAAAAACAAAAUAUGUAAAGAUUAAAUUUUGGUUUAAAUUAAAAAGGAACAAAACUAUUAAAGUUGCAAUGGCUGGUGGUGUCGGUGCUUAAAGGUGACGUGUGUGUGUGUGUGGGGGAUUAUGGCGCCAUCUAGGGUUGAGGUUGAAAAUUGCAACUAACUGACACUUUAGUUGCUGAUGUGAAAGAACAAAUGUCACUAUGAGGUGCCAGGGUUUUGUUUGUCCAUUCUAGGCCACUGUAGAAACACGGCGGCCCGCUCCGUAUGUGGAUAUAAACGGUUCAGUAUAAGGUAACAAAAACAAAACGAUUCCUAUUUUUCAGGUGAAGACACUCUAAAGAAAACAUCAUUGUUCAUAUUCAAUAUCUGCCAAUAGAUUCCUCUAAAUGCUGCACACUGU